CUACAAUAUGAUAAUUACUAUUAAAUUGAAGGGCAUCUUUGAAAUUAUAUGCCUAUACUUCCGUGUUCCUUUGACAAACGUCUAGCUUAUCAAAAGCUAUAAAAUGAUAACUGCCGUUUAAAUUUUAUGUUUUCUCAACAAUUGAAUGAUGACAGAAAUCCGGCAGUGUUCUUACUCGCUGAUAAUUACAGUUAUUUUGGUCUUUUCUGUUAAAGAAGCAAAUGGAUUUUUUAUUAAACAUGUUCAAUCAGGAAAGUGUAUCUAUGAUACUGGGGCAGAGUAUUCAAGAUAUCCUAGAAACAUCCCAAUUCACCUUACUUAUUAUCUGAACCUUACAAAGAACUGUUUUGACUCGACAGCUCAGUUUAAAUUUCACCAAUCUGGCUCCAUAUUAAAACUGAAUAGAGAAGGUUGUCUUAAUGGAGAAAGAGUCUUACAAGAUUUGCUUUUGAUAUACGAAAAGAAAGGUGACAUUGCUGCACCAUGCAAUGAAGCAAACGCCUUAACCCAAACUUUUCAAGGUGGAAUAUUCACUGCCGACUUUAAUAAAUGUGCAGUACCUCCUGGAUAUAUUAAACGUCAUGUCUACAUGGGAAUAGCUCAAUGUAAUGAUGAAGAAGAUCAGCGAUUUCAUUUUGGUUCGGUGGCAUGUGCUAAACAAAAGAUAGCGAAUGCUAGUUGUUCUAAAAAUCAAUAUAUGGUUAUAAAAGUGGCUGAAUAUCGUGGAUUGAGUAAAGGAAGCUCUUGUGGCUCAAAUUAUGAUUACAGUUGUCAUGUUGAUGUGACAUGUGACCUUAAAAAUUACUGUGAUGGUAGAAGAGAAUGUAAUAUAACUGUUGAUGAUAAUCAUUUUUCUUCGAAUAUUUGUCCUGGUUUGGAGAAAUAUCUUUACUUUGAAUAUCAAUGUAACGACACAAGUAUGCCAUACAGAAAAAUUUGCAAUCUUCAGGAUGUAAGUCUGUCUCAGUCAAAUCUUCCCAACGAAGGUCUCGUGGAUGUUUUUACCAUGUAUAGAAACUUCACCAUCUGCAACAAUGGUCUUUUACACAAAGAAAAGACAGUUGUUUGUGAGCACUUCGGAUAUCCUACCGCAGCAUCUUUGGAAGGCUCAAGGUCGUUAUCGUCUUCGAUGCAUCGAUCGUUUAUACCUGGAAAUGUCAAAUGUGAUGCUCAAGUGAAUGAUUUAUCUCAAUGUGCUAUCACUCAAAAUAAUGCUUGUUCGCAAUACUCGUACCUAACAUGUCAUAUUUGUGACAGGCCUUUAUUAAACAACACGCGUCGUUUUCCAGACUCCUCAUUUACUGCCUCGGCUUUAACAGAAGGUCAUAGUGCUGCAAAUGCAAGAAUAUCCAGUGGCAGUUCUUGGUGUGCUCCUGCUGCAAAUGGCAAUCAUUAUCUACAACUGAACUUUGGAAAACUUUAUGCCAUAAACACAAUUGCGAUCUUUGGAGACAAUACAAGCCCAAGUUGGAUAGCCAGCUAUUACGUGAACACAACAUUUGAUUUGACAAACUGGGAAUCAGUUUUUCACACGAAUUCACAAAAGCUUUUCAAAGGCAACAAAAACGCUUACAAUGACGCUGCUAUAUCAAGCAUCACAGGAGGUAUUAGAACGAAAGCUUUACGGCUUAUUCCGAUAAAAUACCAUGGUCGACCAUGCUUACGAACAGAAGUUUGUGGUGGAGAAUUGCUUCCAAACAGCCCAAUCAACCUUCGUGUCAAUUCUACCGCUUCAAGAUAUGUUACAAUAUCCUGGGUAGACCCACAAAACGUUGCAGUGAGCCCCAGCACAGGUCUAAAAAAUCCUCUCACCAAUUUUAAGUUUAUUUUGUGGAAACAAACAAUGGUCAUUUUUAACUUUAUUGAGCAGGCCAAUGUUAGUAGACCUUACAGGUUAAAUAAUCUUAUUCCUAACAAGAUGUACACAGUUGAUGUAUACGCUGGAAACUCGGAAGGUUUUGGAGAUGCAGCAAAUGCUUCUUUUCACACAAAUGAAGAUGUUCCCGAAAGUCCUCCAUCAAAUAUAUCAAUUUCUAUGAUCAGAAGCUUAUCGUUUGUAGUCAUGUGGGAGCCACCUGAUAUAAACAAAAGAAACGGAGAAAUAGUCGACUACACUGUUUGUAUCACAGACUUAGAGAAUUUAAAAUGUUUAAUCAAUUAUACUACAAAAGAGCAAAGUUUGAAAAUAGACAGUUUAAAACCAAUGACAAAAUACUACAUUCGUGUUUUGGCCAGUACAAAAAUUGGUCCUGGAAAUUACAGUGAGAGUAAAAUGGCAAUAACAAAUGGAUUACCACUGGAAGCACCCUUAUGCGCGACGAAAACAACAUUGACAUUUUCUUUGAAGACUCCUAAACAAAGAUAUGCGUAUUUCUUUGUAAUCGCUAUGAAAGGAAACGAAAAAAAUUCUUCGCCCCCUUUUAAGUAUGGCAACCAUGAUUUAGUAACGUAUUCAUCUGAAUUUGUACAACCAAAACCUUACAUAGCUGCUGUGUUUGCUCCCAAAUAUGACGGUGUGUUCAUGUUUACACUUGGUGAUGGCUCAAACACAAGUAUUGCAGGAACACGAACACGACGGUCUACAGAUGGAGUAUAUUAUAAUGGUCCUUUAAAAGCUAAUUCUACAUAUCGAAUUUUUCUCCGAUUCGUGAUAAAUGAACAGGGUCUUUAUUAUUCAACUGAUUGGAGUUACGCAGCAAAGACUGGUCCUUCAAGAUCUGCACAUACAACACUACGGCCUUCAAGAUCUGCAUACACAACACUACGUCCUUCAAGAUCUGCAUAUACAACACCACGUCCUUCAAGAUCUGCACAUGCAACACUAUGUCCUUCAAGAUCUGCACAUACAACACUAUGUUCAACUUCUAAUUCGUUAAAGUCCAACAAAGAAGACGGAAAGUUGUUACCGAUUGUCAUUGCCCUGGCUAUUUGUUUACUAUUGUCACUGACCGUUAACAUUUAUCAGUUAUGUUAUCGUCGUAAAAAUAUAUCAAAUAAAGAUGAAAAUCAUGAUAAUAAAAAGAGACCAACAAAUGUUUAUGAUGGUUCUGAUAUCCAUGACAAUAAUUAUGAACAUGUUGACGGCGACCAAUCCUCAUACAUGUCGCUGAAAAGCACUGGAAGAAAUGAAGACGACCAUGUAUACUGUCAUUUAAAUGAAGUUAGCAAGAACGAAAGCAUUAUGUAAUGUAUGUUGUUCGCAUUUAUCGAUAUUUCUUUAGAGUAAUUUUCUGUAAUUUUCAUUGAUAUUUUGAUUUCUGUAACCAUUGUAUGUGUUUUUAUUUAGAACAUUUCAACUCAUUACUAGGUAGUACAAAUUUAAACAGGCUAAAAACUAAUUGAUUUCAUUUGAAAUACAUUUGUGUUGAUAUCUAGACUA